CUGGUUUUUCUGCUCCCACAGCCCGGUUCUGCUCAUGGCUUUCAACCAGUCUCCGUUCUACAACCCGCCGAUUCCUUUCACCGGAUCGAUCCACGGCGGCCUGCAGGAGGGGAAGUCCAUCAUCAUCAGCGGACGCGUCAUUCCCGGCGUGGACAGGUUCAAUGUGAACCUCCAGUGCGGCUCCAGGAGCGGGGCGGACAUCGCCUUCCAUUUUAACCCGCGUUACGACGGCCAUCCCUACGUCGUCACCAACAGCUUCCAGUACGGCAACUGGGGCUCCGAGGAGAGGAAGCAGAACGCGCCGCUGCCCGCCGGCUCCAACUUCACCCUGCAGAUCACCGUCACCCGGGACUUCUACCAGGUGAGCUUGAACGGCAGCCACUUCAUGGACUACAGGCAUCGCAUCCCGUUCCAGCAGGUUGACACCAUCACAGUCGGCGGAAGGGUGGAAAUUUCCUCCAUUUCCUUCUCCACUCCAGUGCCGUUUCCGCAGCAGGCUUUCCCGACCCAAGCCGCCUUCCCGUCCUACCCCGGCUUCGCCCCCCAGCCUGGAUUCCCAGCUCAGCCUGGAUUUCCUCCUGCUGUGCCUGUUGUUCCGUACAGGAACUUCAUCAGCGGCGGACUCCAGCCCGGCAGGACCAUCACCAUCCAGGGCGUCGUCCAGCCCAGCGCCACCAGGUUCCACAUGAACCUCACCCACCAGUCUGGCAUCGCUCUACAUUACAAUCCACGAUUCAACGAGAACGUUGUGGUCCGAAACACUAAGCAGUGGGACAAGUGGGGUUCUGAGGAGCGCGGCGGCGGCAUGCCCUUCCAUCGAGGACAGCCUUUCACGCUGACCGUUAUCUGUGAGAACAAGUCUUUCCGUCUGGUGGUGAACGGGAUGCAGGCCCACAACUACAACCACCGCUUCACCCCGCUGCAGAACAUCACCGGCCUGGAGAUCGAAGGAGACGUCCAGCUGACCUCCGUCAUCGUUUAGGUUCUGAUCCAGAGGAGCCAACAACCCUGAAAACCUGGAACCUGCUGGCGUUGAAAGAAGCAGGCUGUGGUAUUCACUGCCAUCUAGUGGUCAAGAUGUAGAUGGCAGCCAAAUAAUGAGAUUUGUUAUGGUUCCAUCUGUGAUAAAAAUGACAAAUGUCUAAAUUGG